AGCCUGGUGCUGCUGCGUGGAGUCCUCAUGGUGAGUCCUGGCUGCUUUCUGCUCCAUAGGAAGGCCUUCUGCCAGCAUCGUGUCAUCUCCAAUUCCUACUGUGAACACAUGGCUGUGGUGAAGCUGGUAUGUGAGGACACCAGUGCCAGUGCAGGCUAUGGCAUCUUUGUGGCUUUUGCAGUGACAGGAGUUGACCUUACAGUGAUCGUUGUGUCCUACACUAUGAUCCUGCGAGUGGUACUGAAGCUGUCAUCUUCAGACACUCAGAUCAAGGCCUUUAACACAUGUGUAUCCCACGUCUGUAUCAUCCUUUGUUUUUAUGUCCCUGUAUUAUUCACGUCUCUCACCCACCGGUUUGGACACAGCAUCCCUCAGCACGUUCACAUUUUGGUGGCCCACCUCUACAUGCUGGUGCCCCCCACAUUAAACCCCAUCAUUUAUGGGGUCAGAACCAAACAUCUCCGGGACAAGAUAGUUGUCCUCUUCCAGUGGAGGGGAAUCUGACACAUCUGUGUGCCAUCAACUGAGCCGAUAAGUGUUUGGUAAGUCCGGUAAAUUUUCAGUGUGAACGCUUUACCCUUUAGUUCGAGUCCUACGCUUUCUAAAUGCACAGUGUACAUGGAAAGCAUUCCUGCAGAUAUUACUGGAUUUUCUCUUCCUUUCAUUGUGUAAUGAAAGACAACAGAAAGAGUUCAGUCUGAUUUUUGCAUAACCCCUCCCAGAAUACAGAUUCCUGAAUGUUAAAAUUCUUUCACUAAUCGGGCAAAUAAAGAUUCUUCCUAUCUUAAUAUAGAAUCAUUGAAUCAUAGAAUCACAAAGCUGGGAAUGACCUGCAAGAACAUGUAGUCCAACCGUCCUCCUAUUGCCACUGCUAUCUCAAGCACUAAACCAUAUCUCAUAGCUCCCCAUCCAGAUGUUUCUUGAACACAGCCUAGGAUGGCAAUUCCACCACAUGCCUGGGCAGCCAUUCCAGUGUUUAACCACUCUCUGAGAGAAAAAGUUCUUCCUCACGUCUAGUCUAGACCUCCUCUGGUACAACUUGCAGCCAUUUCCUCGGCUCCUGUUUGUUGCUUGGGAGAGGAGGCCAAAACCCUCCUCAUCACAACCUCACUUCAGGAAGCUGUACAGUUCAAUGAGGUCUCCCCUGAGCCUCCUCUUCUCCAGACUAAACAAUCCCAGCUCCCUCAGCCGCUCCUCAUAAGGCCUGUGCUCCAGACACCUCACCAGCUUGGUUGCCUUUCUUUGAACACACUCCAGGGCCUCAAUGUCUUUCUUGCAGUGAGGGGCC